UCAGUCUAUACUUAUCCCGCUCCUGUUGACCCAAAUUCAAUAUGUACUUCGACAUAGUCCUUGCGGCAUUCGUUUCCUUUCUCGCUGUAAAGGUCGACGCCCAAAACCCUCAGAUGCCCGUAUGGAACGUCACGCUUUACUCGGACAAGGAGUGUAAGAAUGACGUCUCAACCCUCCAGAUAGCCCGAAAUGUCACAUGCAGUUCUCUUCCAAUGGCGGAUGCGGCAUUCUCGUUCUUUCCAAAAGGACCCAAGACGUUCGGCGACGGUAGCCGUGCCGAUUUGACCAUAUACACCAAAAAAGGCUGCCCGAAAGCCGAGGCUUCCACUCAAGGCCAUUUAGCGAACUUUGGGACUUGUAACACGGGAUCAGCCGAGCUUCUGAGUUACGAUAUGUAUAUCUAUCUGUGA